CCUUCUCCCCUCUCCUGCCCAUCCUCUUAAACCCGCUUGCCCUCAGGCGCACCAGCACAUUCCACUUUUCUUCUGUUUUUUUCUCUCUCAUUAGCAUGUUCACCGCCGCUGCCGUCGUCCUCGGCGCUGCCGCCAUGGCCGCAGCCCAAACCUCGUCUUUCCCUGAGGGUGUUAUUGCCACAGGAACCCAGGGCGUCACGAACCCGACCGCCGCCGUUAUGGGCACGGCGCUCAACCAAUCUUCGGAUGCACGACUUCUUACACUCAACUCCGUUGAUGACUUCUGCAUCUUCGCCCCUCCGUAUUUGAGCCCUAUCUCUGACUCCGAGACGUUCGAGGUUGCAUGGUGCACGCAACCCCGUAACAACGCCCGUCUCAUUCCUGAUGGCGUCCUCACCGGCGUGUCGUUCGUCAAGACCGACUUCUACGUUCAGAUAUUCGGUUACGGCAACCUCACCAACCUCUUCAUCCCUAACGGCGACUUCGGUGGUGAACUAGACCCUCACGGCGCGUAUGGCUCUGGUAACCCCAUUGGUGGAAACGUCACGACAAACAUCACCGGCUCGGACAUCAAUGUUGCGGAGUGGAUGGAGUACAUUUCCUACGAACAGUUCUGCAUUCGUGCAUGCACCAAUGCCAACGACACGUACUCUGCUGCCGCCAUGUGCUGGCACGAGCUUGACGAGAUGGGAUGCGAGUUUGUCAUGCCUGGCAACUACAACUUCAACGGCACUUUCGAGAGCUGCGAAGCUGAUGUCGCCUACCCGCCUGGCUGGUACCCUACUGCGACCGUUGACGGAACCACGCAAUUCUCGUCGUUCGCGCAGUACUUCACCGGCGUCUACACCGCCAACGGCACCCCCGUCUCCUACACUGUCGGCGACACCAUCACCCCGUCGUCCGCCUACUUCACCCCCUCAUCUUCCAAUUGCCAAACCACCUCCACUAUCUCGAACGGCAUCCUCGCUGUCGACGCUGAAGGUGUGACUAGCACCAUAGGCUCUGCUUCUGCCACCGGUUCUUCUGGCGCCAAGGCGUCUGGCUCGAAGAAGACCAGCGGCGGCUCGUCUGCUACUGGUACCAGCGGAUCGUCGUCUGGUACCGGCUCCUCGGACAGCAGCUCCGGUGCUCUCCCGAAGCUCAUCCCCGGCACUGGUGCGCUUGUCGGCAUGGGCCUUGCGACCGUCUUCGCGAUCGUAUCCGGUGCCGUCAUCGUCCUCUAAAUGCUCGUAUGAGCGCGGAAGAAGACGAUCUCUCUCGAUAUAUAUCCCUCCCAUCUACAUAUCCUCUCUCUCACUCUAUCAUGGACUCUGAUCAUCGUAUGCUGUUUUCACGAUUGACUCGAUCAUGCGGAUCCGAAUUGGAUUUUGUUGGUAAUACGUUCUUUCUGUUCGCAUAUGGCGCGGUAUCCGGAUUUGCACCACUAUUUACCUUGUUUCGCUGUCCCAUCCGCUGCCUAUCGCGAUGUCCCCU